CUCUUAUAGCCUCUCACCUACAGUCACAGGCAGCCACACUACAGUUCACCACCAGAGCAGGGCUGUAGCAACACAACUGUUUGUGGAGAGAAACCACAAAGCGAACACACAACGAUGAGUUCCAGCCUGCAGGCUCUCGUUAUAUGUUUACUGUUGGGUUGUGCACAAAGCACACCAAACCCACCUGCCACACUAACGUCAUCCUCAGUGAGCAUCAGUUCAACCCUCAGUACCAAAGCAACAACCAGCACUGAGGAAAGCCCUUCAGGUCCAGCACCAUCCACUUCUACACUGUCCUCCACAAGCCUGAGUUCUUCUGCAACGACGACUAAGAGCAUCACCACUACCCCCCCCACUGACACCAUCAGCACCACAGCCAUCAGCACCACAGCCAUCAGCAACACAGCCAUCAGCACCACAGCCAUCAGCAACACCAGCACCACUGACAACAGCACCAUCAGCACCACAGCCAUCAGCAACACCAGCACCACUGACAACAGCACCAUCAGCACCACAUCCAUCAGCACCACAUCCAUCAGCACCACAGCCAUCAGCAACACCAGCACCAGCACCACUGACAACAGCACCAUCAGAACCACAGCCAUCAGCAACACCAGCACCACUGACAACAGCACCAUCAGCACCACAGCCAUCAGCACCACAGCCAUCAGCACCACCUCUAUCACUAACCCUCCUCAUACUACUACCAACGUUGCCCAGUCCACAAGCACAACUAGUUUCACCACCAUCACUACCACAAAGGAACAGGAAGGACACAAGUCUGAUGCUCUGAGCUCAGGGACUGUUGCAUUCAUCGUCUGCAUGUUCAUUUUAACCUCCAUCCUAGUGUUGGGUUUGCUUUACUAUUACAAGAUCCGACAUACAGGUAGAUCGUACGGGCCCCUUAUGGAAAGCAGCUCGCUGGGAAACUUCAGCAACCCCAUGUACGACCCCUGAAUCUUGACUUGGCAAUGAAGACUCUCCAGUCUGCAGAUGGAGGUGUUCUAAGAUACAAAACAAUUGUUGUGUUGCUGGUUUAGCUCACGUAGCUUUUCAAUUUUUCCAAGAUACUAUAAAAUGACUGCUACGAGUUGUCAGAUCAGGAAGAUAACGUUCAUAAGAUGUGUUAGUUCUGAAGAAGCGUGAAAGGAAUGAAACAUGUUGCACGUUGGUGAAGUCCUUCCUGUGUGGUUUGUCAAAAUGAGAACGACAAAUGAGGAGAUGAGAAUUAAGGCUGGAAAAAAUAUAUUAUUAUGUUACUGUAUGCAUAAUGUUUAAUUAAACUAAUUUCUGUGACGUAUCUCAGAUGCUUCUCGUUUAAAACAUGACCAUUAAAAUGUGAGAUGGAGAAACGUGUUUUUAAUUGAAUGUUAAGGUUUUAAAUCCUUCACUGGCUGCGCUUGUUUUUUAUGGUCUGAUGUGAAUGUAAGACAUGUUUUGGUGCAAUAAAGCAAUAAAGGAUACUGUG